UUGUGUUUAUUAAUUUGAUUUCAAUUUAUUAUCUAGGUUAUAAUAAAAUAUAAAACUAGAGAAGGUCAUUAGCAAAAUGGCAGAUUCCGAAUUAAAUGUUGAUAAUUUAAUUGCCAGAUUGUUAGAAGUGUAUGCAACACUUAGAGAAAAUUCUAAUACAGUGGACGCAAAGAAGAAAACUAAAUUUAAAAACAUAUUUUCUUCUGAGAUGAGAGGAUGUCGCCCAGGAAAAUCGGUUCAGAUGACUGAAUCUGAAGUGCGUGGACUAUGCCUUAAAUCAAGGGAAAUAUUUUUACAACAACCCAUACUACUUGAACUAGAAGCUCCUUUAAAGAUUUGUGGUGAUAUUCAUGGACAAUAUACAGACUUGCUUCGCUUGUUUGAAUAUGGUGGAUUUCCUCCAGAAGCAAAUUAUUUAUUUUUGGGUGAUUAUGUAGAUCGUGGUAAACAGUCCUUAGAAACAAUAUGCCUGCUCUUAGCCUAUAAAAUUAAAUAUCCCGAAAAUUUCUUUUUGCUACGUGGCAAUCAUGAAUGUGCAUCUAUUAAUAGAAUAUAUGGUUUUUAUGAUGAAUGUAAAAGAAGAUUUAAUAUCAAAUUAUGGAAAACAUUUACAGACUGUUUUAAUUGUUUGCCAAUUGCUGCAAUAAUUGAUGAAAAGAUAUUUUGUUGUCAUGGAGGCUUGAGUCCUGAUUUACAAGGAAUGGAACAAAUUAGGAGAAUUAUGAGACCUACUGAUGUACCUGAUACAGGUCUUUUGUGUGACUUACUGUGGUCAGACCCUGAUAAAGAAGUCCAAGGCUGGGGCGAAAAUGACAGAGGCGUCUCGUUUACGUUUGGCCCUGAUGUGGUAGCAAAAUUUUUGAAUAGAAAUGAUCUUGAUCUCAUCUGCCGUGCUCAUCAAGUUGUUGAAGAUGGUUAUGAAUUCUUUGCCAAGAGACAACUAGUAACAUUGUUCUCUGCUCCCAAUUAUUGUGGUGAAUUUGAUAACGCAGGCGGAAUGAUGACUGUUGAUGAGACACUAAUGUGCUCUUUUCAGAUAUUAAAACCAUCUGAGAAAAAAGCCAAGUACCAAUAUCAGGGUUUGAAUUCUGGACGCCCAGCGACGCCUCAGCGCAAUCCUCCUACCAAGAAAAAGUAAAAGGAAAUGUUCCUUUGCCAUAGAAAUUAUUCCAGUAUAUAAAUUUCAUUUUCUUCUAUUACAGAACUAUCAUACAUUUGAAUAAGAUUAAAACAAUAGGCAGAAAAACGUACACCAUCAUUGGUUCACGUGUGUCGUUAUUAAAGAACGUUCGUUUCAUUUAUUAAUCGUUUAAGUGCUUUAAAAAGUUUUACUAAAGUAUUAUUUAUUUAUUUAAUUCGGUUUUUUGUUGCUGGUUCGAUGUUGACUGAAUUUAUAAUUAAAUUCAGAUUGUUUAUUAUUGGUAGUUUGCAUUUAUGAAAUAGAGACCAGUAUUAGAUUUUACUUUAAAAUUAGAACAGAAAAGAUUGAUGCUACUAAAAACGUUAAAAUGUGGUAUUUAAGUUGGUUCUAUUUUCUUCUAAAAUACAUGGGAAUUCUUACGAAAUACUGUAAGAGCAGACAUAAUUUAUAUAAAUGUAUUAAUAUUAAUACAUUUUAUGCUGAUGAAAAUAUUACAGUUCGCAUUUUCGAUCAAAUCGGCAAUGGAUCCUAUAUUUUUCAACAGGCUCCAACUUUGUGGUUUUUAAUUGGCAGCAAGUACUAUUUAAAGAU